UGCUGCUUGGUGGAGUUGUUUGGGACGAGUUCGAGAGCUUUCAGAGAUUGUUUUUACUCUUCCUCGCCGAUCAUCUGCCGCGGUGCCGCCGGCACAGCCAUGCGUUCCAAAGGGCCGGCUCGAAAACUCGCCACCAAACCGGCCGAGAUGAUGAACGACGUCAUCGCCGUGUCGGAGGAGGUCGCUUACGAGCACUGCGACGAUGACGACGAAGACCACGACAACGAUGAGGACAACAUCAACAACAUCAACAACAGCGGCAACGGCAGAGCAGAUAUCGGCCGGACGGUUCUCGUCGAAUCCUCCGAACCGGAGGCUCACGAUCGCUUCACUCCUCCGCCACUACCACAGCAUCGGCUGCACAAUGAUCACCACCACGAGCAUCGCCACGAGCAUCGCCACGAGCACCACCACGAGCACCAGCAGGAGCAGCAGCAGGCAGUGUCAGAGCAAUCGAAGGCGGCAGCAGUGGGGGGGGCGGCUUCGGCGACCCAGGUGUUCGUGGUGGACGAAGCGCCGGUGCCCCGGGAGCUGGAGGUGCGCGAGUCGAGCGAGAGCGGCGCGGGGCUGCGCGUGUGGGCACGCGGGGGCAUCGCGUCAGGCAAGCGCUACGGGCCAUACCCGCCCCACGCUGCCCGGACCCAGCACCUGGACGACCUCCGCCGCUGCUGGGAGGGCUCGCAGGGGAACAGCCCCCCCGCCAAGCUGUGCGAAGACCCGGGCCAGAACGACUCGGGAGCUUGGGCGAAGUAUGUGCGCUUCGCACAGGCCUGGGAAGAGGCCAACCUCGUAGCCUGGCAGAGCGGGGAGCAGAUGUACUACAAGGUGAUCAAGGAUGUGGAGCCAGGGGACGAGCUGCUUGUCUACAUGAGGGAGGACUCGCACUCUGGUGGAAGCAUGGCUCCCGACUUUGAUGACGAGCCGCGCUUCCGCUGCGGCGAGUGCGACGAGCUCUUCCGCUCGAAGCAGGACCUGCGGCACCACCAGCGGUUCUCGUGCCACAGCGGCAGCUCGGUGCUCGCCUCGCUCAGGCCCGAGAUCUCGCCGGCGACGCCGGACGCCGGGCAGAUCUACGAGUGCCGCGACUGCGACCGCAUCUUCCCCAAUGCGUACAGCCUGGAAAGGCACAUGGUGAUCCACACGGACGAGCGCGAGUACAAGUGCGACCAGUGCCCCAAGGCCUUCAACUGGAAGUCCAACCUGAUCCGCCACCAGAUGUCGCACGACAACGGCAAGCGCUUCGAGUGCGAGAACUGCGACAAGGUGUUCACCGACCCCAGCAACCUGCAGCGGCACAUCCGCUCACAGCACGUCGGGGCGCGCGCACACACCUGCACCGACUGCGGCAAGACGUUCGCGACAUCGUCCGGCCUCAAGCAGCAUCGGCACAUCCACAGCACCAUCAAGCCCUUCAGCUGCGACGUGUGCCAGAAGUCCUACACGCAGUUCUCCAACCUGUGCCGGCACAAGCGCAUGCACGCCGACUGCCGCACGCAGAUCCGCUGCAAGGACUGCGGGCAGCUCUUCGCCACGGCCUCGUCGCUCAACAAGCACCGGCGCUUCUGCGAGGGCAAGGGCCACUUCGCCGCCUCGGCCGCGGCCGCCGCGGCCGCCGCCGCCCUCGCGUUCGGCGGCGCCGGCUCCAUGUACCCCCUGGGGCCUCCUCCCGGCUCGGUGCCGGACAAGGGCUCGCUCGUGCCGUUUUCCCUCGCCAACCACGGCCACCACCACGGCCACCACCGCCACCACCACCACCACCAUCGCCCGCCGACGACCUUCGCGGAGCUGUUCCGGCAGGACGGCCACCACCACCACCACCACCUGCAGCAGCAGCAGCACCACCAUGCAGCCAUGGGGCUCACGUUCCCAGCAGCAUCCGGAUUUCCGUUGGCCGCGCACUUUCCGGGGCUCUUCCCGCCACCGCCGCUUCCUCCGCUGCUGCCGCAGCAGCACCAGCAGCAGCAGCAGCAGCAGGCGGGGUCUCCAUCGAGUUUGUACUCGAGGCCCGAGCUGCUGCUCAAGAGGCUGUACGGAGAGGGCAGUCGGAGCCAGCAGCAGCCGCACAGAGACGAGGAGGGCCGCGGCGCUGCGGCGGCGGCUGCGGCGGCGGCGGUGGCGGCGGCGGCGACGCCGACGCAGCGGUCACCAUUGUCGCCGUCGUCGUCGCCUUCGCGCCCCACGGCUCACGGCCCCGCGGCUCACGGGGGGGAGAAGAAGCGAGCCGGGGACGCGCAGCGGCGCACGUCCACGGGCGAGCUGUCGGAGAUGAGCGACGAGAUGACGGAGGGCGACGCGGACGAGGACGAGGAGGAGGAUCGCGAGGAAGAAGACGAGGACGAGGAGGAGGAAGAUGAGGAGGAGGAUGAGGAGGAGGAGGAGGAAGAGGAGGAGGAAGAGGCCGGGCUGAGCUCGCCAGUGGGCAGCGACCUGGAGCCAACGACGGGCUCGGAGGGCGACACGGACGCGGAGAAGGAGGAGCGGAGGAAGAAGCGGCGGGCGGACGCCAUCAAGAUGGAGGCGGACAAGGCGGCCGUGCCGGCCACCCCGCCUCGCAACGGCCUCCUCGGCGGCAGCUCCGGCAAGAAGCCGUUCUUCUCCCGGCAGCCGCCGUUUGCGCUCCCGUUGUCGGUGGCCAACCAGCAGGGCUCCGCCACCUCCUCGUCAUCCUCCUCCGCCGGGGUCGUCGGCUCGGUCAACGACUCCAUCAAGGCCAUCGCCUCCAUCGCCGAGAGGUACUUCGGCACGAGCCUCGUGGGCUUCUCCGACAAGAAGAUGGCGCACCUGCCGUACCCUUCCGUCUUCCCGUUCCCGUUCAUCCCGGCGUUCCCCAACUCGGCGUUCCCGUUGGGCGACGCCGCCGUGGCGCUCGAACGCUCCUCCCUCGCCAUGAAGGCCGAGUCGGCGGCGGCGGCGGCGGCAUCGGCCGCGUUCACCGCCGACUCUCCCUGCGACCUGCGCAAGCGGCGCGCGUCGGCCUGCGGCGGCGCGCGGGCGCCGCCGCAGGCCGACGCGGCCGACCGCGGCGGCGGCGGCGGCCGCGACCGCGGCGGCGCCCCGAUCUCGCCGCACGGCCGCCCCCCCUCGCGGCGGGGGGCCGACGAGCAGCCGCUGGACCUGAGCGUGACCGGGCGCAACCGCGGCGGCGGCGGCGGCGGCGUCAGCAACGGGCAGCGGCGGCCCGAGCCGCACAGGAACCACGUGUUCGGAGAGCGGGGCGUGCCCGCGCCGGCCCCCGCGCUGGCGCAGCACCCCUUCCUGCAGUACGCCAAACCGUCGCCCUUCUUCAUGGACCCCAUCUACAGUAGGGUAGAGAAGAGAAGGCAGAUGGAACCGAUGGAGUCACUCAAGGAGAAGUACCUUCGACCGUCACCCAACCUGCUGCUUCAUCCACAGCAGAGCCUGGGCACGUCGUCGGUGCUGCCAGGGCCGAUGGGCGGCGGGAUGCACAAGGUGGCGGAGAAGCUGGAGCGGCUCGGCAGCCUCUCCCUCGAGUCGGCGGCGGCCGCCCAGAGCCUGCGGCCCGCCGUGCCGCACCACCACCAUCACCACCACCACCACCACGCGCCGCCCUUCGACUUCCGCACGCCCUCGUCCGUCCUCACCGACGCCAUGCUGCGCAAGGGCAAGGAGCGCUACUCGUGCCGAUACUGCGGAAAAAUCUUCCCGAGAUCGGCGAACCUGACGCGUCACUUACGGACGCACACGGGCGAGCAGCCAUACAGGUGCAAGUACUGCGACCGCUCGUUCAGCAUCUCGUCCAACCUGCAGCGGCACGUGCGCAACAUCCACAACAAGGAGAAGCCCUUCCGCUGCCCCCUGUGCAGCCGCUGCUUCGGGCAGCAGACGAACCUGGACCGCCACCUCAAGAAACACGACACCGACAGCGUGUCAGGCACGGCCGGAUCUUCUCCGAGCUCGGACCGAGAGGUCGGCUCCAUCCUGGAGGAGCGGGACGACUCGUUCUUCUCCCAGAUCCAGAACUUCCUGAGCGAAGGGCAGGCACACCUUCCGGGCUCCCAGCUCCUCGCAAAGCAAGCGGCCGUGCCGGGGCAUGGCCAGAAGGAGGCCGAGGCUCUGUCCAAAGCCGAGAGAGAGCGAGAGCGCACGAGGGGCGAGAGGGGUGGAGGGAGCGAGCGCGACGGCGCGAGGAAGAAGAACACGGCGGCGGUCCGGCAGGACGAGGAGCAGGCCGAGGGUCGGGGGUCGCGGUCCCCUCGUCACCACGACGACGGCGGCGACGACGGCGGUGGCAAGGACGCAGGCCGGGAAGACGGGCGGCCGCUCUCCAUUUCGUCGAGCCCGGAGUCGCUGCUGAGGUGCAGCCCGAGCCCGCUGCACGAGAAGCCGCUCUCGGCCCUGGAGCAAAUCGCCCGCUUCACCGACGGCCUGUCCUUCCGGCCGGCCGGUGAACUCCGACCUCCCAGCGGAUCCGCUCUGACCUUUAACCCCAACCCGCUGACCCCCGAGCCCGACUCGCAGCCCUCUCCUUUCCGGCAGAACAAGACUCAGACGUAUGCCAUGAUGCUGUCGCUGUCGGAGGAAGAAGGCGGCCGCCUGGGGCUGCCCAAGUCCGCCGAGGGGUGGCCGCGCACACUCCCGCCGUCGGCCGAGAACGGCGCCGCUCUGGCCGCGAGCCACGUCUAGCGGUGGUGGCGCCGCCGAGCCCCCCUCGGCGCAGGGGGGGGGGUGGCCAGGGGGUGCUCCCCGGGCCCGACGGUGGGAAGCGUGAGCCGAGAAGAUUGGAACGACGCCACCACGUCCCCUACUGUGUUGCUCGCAGCCGUCUCGGGAAGGCAUCCGUCCCCUCCGCCCCCCCGCGUGCUUGCUUGGUGCGGCCCCAUCGCAGCGCGCUGGGGCUUGCGCGUUGCCGCGUGGCUACGAAGCGGCGGAGAUGGAGGGGGGGGGGGCAGCACUUGGCGUGAGCGAGUCCGCCAUCUUGUUUUUUGUGAGCCUGCGGUCCGAGGUGGAGCGGGGGGGGGGGGGUCACGGGGGGCCUCCGAGGUAAUCGCCGUCUCGAUCAAGAACAAGAGGCAGCAAACGUGUGGGGAGUUUGAACGCCCCAAGCCUCCGUUAGAAGUAUAAAGUAACAGUCGUAAAUGAAGAAGCUAAAAUUUAACAACGAAAAAUUAUUAUUACAAUGUAAAACUUGACUUUUGUUGGGACCAACUCUGCACUUCCAAAUUCCACUUUUGCAUGACCAAGAAAGGAAGAUUGUCCCACCUUCGUUUCCAUCGCCGACGAUUCCAGUGAAAUCGUGGGGACCGAAUGCAGUUUCCCCCCAGCGCUGUGCGAGGUUGCGGUCGUCCCGCUCGCUCGCCGAGCGUGAAGACGACAGCGGCCUGCGCUGGGGUGGGUGUCCGGUGAAUCCUCCCAUCCGCGCUCGCUCUUCUGUGAAAGACAAAUCCAGCCCCCCCCCCUCGCCUCUUCUGUGCGGUCACUCACACUCGUGUCUCGGCGAUAGUAAACGUGUUAUUUAUUCGUGCUCGUGGUAUUUGUGACGCCUGUAAACACUUUCCCCUCGCACCAGUUUUUCUUUGUUUAUUGGGGGGGGGGGGGGAACCCUCCACCGAUGGUGGAUCACACUUCACGGAAUAUGGGCCCAAUUUUAUUUCGGUUUUUUAUGCACGUGUGUUUUUUUAUAUAAAUAUAUAGAAACAUAUACAAACACAUUUUAUUUUGUGCUUCACAUUUCCAGCAAGUUGCGGCGCAGACCUUUACAGCAUUUGCACGGCGUUUAGAACGGUUAUAAUGCACACAGUGGCCAAAUAAUGAAGAUUUCCCGCCAAAAACACAUCCUACAGGAUUCCGCCGAUAUCAUAAAUGGGACCUCGCGGCAUCAGAAAACACCAAUGGGAUUCGGUGACAUUUCUUAAGGACCCCCCCCCCCUGUAAAGGAAAGAGCAUUUGUGAAAAUUACUGCACAGCGUGUUGGCUUACGAGUACGCCCUGCUAGGAUUUGCAAUGGUUUUAUUUGACACAUUGGAUAUUAAAUGCCUUUUAAUUACAACACAGGACAGUAUUUAAAAUCUCUGCAUUAGGUUUCAUUAAUGAUUUUAACUGGAGAGAGAGAGAAACAAUCAAAUGGACCAAAAAAAAGUGACGACUAAAAUUACAAAUUGUGCUCCAUUUCAGCUGAUGAGGGUUAAUCUGAGUUGGGAUGAGGGUCUCCAGUCAGAGAUCGAGUCUCACUUUCUCUCUCUCAGGGUAGUUUAUAGCAAAUCCCCCAGCGUCCGCUGUAACGUCAUUCAACCUUCACAUCGACGAGUGGAAUUGGCCCGAGGCCACGCGCCAAGCUGCCCCGGGGGCCCUGGCGAGCAGAGUUGUGCGUUGAAAAAACACCACCGCUGCCGUUUGGGCAAGGAGAGACGCGAUUCUGCAAUGCGCUUGAGCGAGCCAGCGGGGGCCGCGGCCCGCUCUUUCACCCGCGAGAUUUUGAGGCUUUUAAUGUCGGUUGCAACGCUGCGGUUGCCGAGUUGUCUUAACGGUUUUAAACAAAACAAAAAAAUAAUUUUUACUUUUUUUAUGUAUGUAUGUGUGUGUAUGAGUUUCCCACUCGUAUUGACAUCACAGUGUCGAUGUCCCCACUCGUGCUAUUUGCCUCCAGAUUAAAAGAAACAUUCGCUCAGAGCGUCGGCGGAUUAUUGCAUCCGACGUUCGUCCGCGCACGUUUUGAUUGUUCCCAGCGCAGCGAAGCGUCGUCAAGAAGGCACCGCCGUGAGAAGGCAAUCGACGCGCUGCCGGCGCGAUCGUGAAAAUUAUCCGAAAAGUAAUUGUACGCUUCGAGCUAAAGCAACACACACACACACAAAACUAACUCCUGCUGACAUCGCGCUUAUUUGUCCAGAAAUUUGCCAAAUGUAGCAGAAGGUGGCGGGGAGUGGGGGGGUUCAGGCUCCACUGGUCUCGGCUGACCCCAAUUCGAUAGGAUUUCGAUGUGGGUUUUUUUGUAAGUGAGAAUUUCUCAUGGAGGGUUGAUUGCAAUGGCCAUUAGCUUUAUUAAGAACUUAUGUUGCCAACGACAGGUUUGCAUUGAAGAAAAGUCGCAUCUUACGGCGUCGUCUGGUCUUAAGUGUCAUUGGAAACACACAUUUUGUUACGCGCGUGCGCGUGUGUGUGUGAAAUAUAAAGAUGUGGCAGCACAUUCACAAGGGUUGCAUCCGCUCCCCAAAAGCGUGUAAAGUUGUUGCGUGUGUCUGUGUCGGCCUUGCACGCUUUCGGCGAACACGAAUUUCGUUUGGAAGUGCUUAUCGUGAGCACACGCAGCAAAUGUCAAAAUUCCUUCAUGAAAAAAUGCUGGGGGUUUUUUCCCUUUAUUAUAGCAGUACGGUUUGUUAGAUCAUGAAAAGGCAGAUCCUCCUAAUAUUUAUACAUUUCCUCAAAGGACUUGUGAGGGAGUGUCAUUAUAAUAUGUAAACUGUAUAUUAAAAAAUGUGUGUGUGUAUAUAUAUAAACUGAAAAGUAAAACGUACUAAGCCAACACGCAACUACGUUGUGGUCCAUCGCUCAUAACAAAUAAAAUAAAACGUACAAAUCUCAACAAUGAAUCUCACUCAACAGUUCAUAUGAUGGCAGUUAUAUUAAAUCUGGCAAUCGAUGCAUUUUUCGGUUUCAAAAAUCACUCUGAACAAUGAGCCGACAGAGCACCGUGAAACGUCCCCCACAACCCCCUGCAUUAUAUUUUGGGGACCAAACGUGAUUUGUCUUUGCGUCGUCGUUCUGAUCAGAGCGAUGGAUGGAUGGUGAUCUUCGGGCGGCGGGAAUAGAAUCAAGUUGCGAGCUACCGUUUGUUUUAAAAAAGGGACAAUCAUGCUUGUUAUUGUUGUUGUGUUCACCGGAUUAUUUGUCCGGGCGAUGCUUUUACGCGUGAGCGUUUCAGUCCGUCCUCCUUCUUGCGCUGGGUUCAGCCUUUCGUUAGGCGUGCUUUGUACUUGUAUCCAUCCGUACGUCACCAUGAAAGAAAAAUACGAUGGAUUGUGUUUUUUUUUGUGUAGAAACAUUUGAUUAUUAUUAUUAUUGUUAAACUCGUGAGCGUAUAGUGCCAAAUCAAACAUUUAAAAUCUAGACUUGAUUUGAUUAAAAAGUUAUAUCAACAACAACAUUUUCACACGGCUGAGGUACAGGACAGCUUCACGUCUCCUUAAUGCGUAGCUUCUUUUUAUAUAUAAAAAAAACCAACACACACAAAUCCCUAUUAUUUAAAUGUUUCUCCUUCCUCUGUACAGUAACCUGUGUUUGUUAAUAUAUAAAGUGUUUUAAAACGUUCACUUUUUGUUGCUAAAUACCUCAUUUUUACAUUACUCGUUCCUGCUCUCUUGGGCCGAGGCCACGAUGUGAAAACAUUAACAGGCUUCACAUCAAAUGCCGUCUCAGUCUGCUUCUCAUCCAGAGGAAUUUGAGAGGACUCUUACCUUGUCUCCUCCUAUCAGGUAUACUGUGUACAUAAGAUAAUUCAUACUUUACCACGCCAAUUCCGCCUUUUAAUGCAAUGCCUCGUGCAUUAGACAAAAAGUAAUUUAGAGAUUAACCUUAUCACCUUAAUUCCUCGCAUAUUCUCUUUUAUUGUGGGGGUAGGGGGGAGCGUCAAAGUUAUUUGCUGAAGAAACAUCUCUCCACACCUCCAACCGAUCCGAGAAAGCCUCCGCGAGCCUCAAGACUUAUUUCCAGGAGGGAGGGUCCUGCAUUGAGGAUGUUUGGCCAAUUCCCACUAAACAAGUGUCUGGCUUUAUUGUGGGACAUGUGGCACCGACCACUUGGUGAAAACUCAACUCGCACACCUAAAACUCCGCACGAAUAGAUUCAAGAAUCCAUUGUUGUUGAAAUGGUAAACGCCUCGCCUAAAACAAGGGGGCAAGACCCCCCCCCCCCCACCUCCACUUUGUAAUGAGAGUGGCUCUUAAGCAGUGGUAGCAAUUCCACAUUCCCAUGGCGGAGGCCAUGUAUAUCCAUAUGCUUACAAAUAGUAAAAACAUUUAAUUGGUACCUUAAAUAUUAUAUCCACCAACUUAGACGCGACAUGAGUUUAAUGUUUGCAGCAAUUGCGUUCAGUUUUUUUUUGUACCCUUUUACAUCGCUCCGAUCAAUAACGUCCCAUCAGCUGAAAUGCACGCUUGCAGGAUUUCUCUCAGAAUUCACACUCCCCUUGCACGGCUUGCUCUCAUUACCAUUUAAAAACGCUGAUGCAGCGAGCAAGCAUCAAGGUUGACAACACUUUUAAAAAUAAAAAUGCUGACUAUGCUACGGUGCGUGAACAGACGAAGCAUGGCGAGCCAUCCUGUAUUGUCUGACUGUACGUACGUUGAACUUCUUUCACACCGUACAUAGCCAGCCGUGCUCAUCGCAAGCGGCGAGCCCCGUGAUAAUUAUGACGUUGGUGAAUAACAAGUGCAGCCAAGAACUGGGAUAAACCCCGCCUACAGGCAGGACAAACAUUCCAAUACUAAUCAUCGCCAUCCUCCUGAGCCAUGACCAAUCCACUGCUGGAUGAAGGCCUCCCCAACCAUCAGGCACGACCCGGUCAACAUGCCAACGUUGGGGCAACGUUGACCCGACGUUCCAUGUUUGCUGGAGAGCCGAUUUCAUCGUGACUCGGGCUACUCGAUGGAGACGAACUUGAAGAGCCAGAGGAGCCACUUGGCGCUCUCAUCGCACGCAAUGGAAUCGUUCGGUGAGCAGCGUUGCCAGUCAAGAGUGUCGGCGCACAGUGCCCGCGACUGACAGUCGACACGAGGGCACCGCCAAUCGGCACAGUCGACGUAAGGUCCUCCCUCGUGCGUCCGAAGCGCCUGCGGUGGGCACGGAGGUUGUUUGCGCACCGCGCCGUGAGCCCGGUGACCCGAGUUUCAUUCCCAGCCGCGGCUAACAUCAGUGGCGGAGGAGGUGUUUCAUUCGGUUCUGGGCACCCCCAACGCGCGCCCACCACCCUCCCAUCUCCCACACUUCACCAUUGCACGCUGACCGGCAUGGGGAAGUAUAGUCACAUAGCCCCCAAGACUGACAUGGGGGCUAUAAAGUUACGCAUUUUUACGUAAUCUAUAAAACACGUUUGAGUACAUUAAAAUGAAAAAGCAACACAAAGUUAAAUGCUCAAAGUAUGGAAUUGAUGCGGCUGGUGGUUGUGUCGUUGGCUAAGAGCCAUUCGUUUUGCCUCUUGCUCAAUCGGUGUUGCUUUCGUGCCAGCGCUAGUGGCCCGUUUCCUCCCCCGACACGCACCUGCAUGGAGCCCACUCCCUUAACCAUUGACCAAGCCACACGCGUACAACAUCUUCUGUGCGCCCAGCGGGGUCGCGCUAAGUCUGCCUGGGACGUGGAGACGGGGGGUGUUACUGUGUUUAGCACUGGCUGAUAUAAUCGGCAGGCCAGUGCGUUCUCGUCAUGCCCCCCCGAAUGCCAAGGAGGUCUGGAUGGACCCGGUUGGUCAGGGAGUGCUUGAAUGGGGGGGGGGAGUGGCUUUGAGUUGGUGGUAGAUGGGUGGAUGUGAUUGCUGCUGGUGGCAAAUCCCAGCUCUUGUAACAACUGCCCUGAUGUAUGCCAAUAACCCAAAGGCCUCUCUGCUCCGUUGAUAUUUGAAAAAUAUUGUGGCAAUCGUCAACAGGUUAGGGAACGUCAAGACACGCGCGGAGUUACGUAGGCUCUCCAGCAUGCGUCUGUCCCCGUAGGAUUCUUUGAUUAGUAGUACAGAAGCUAACGGGAGCUUGCCAAAGCUCAUCGCGUUUUCAACUUUGCAAUUAGUCCUCUGCUCAGGUUUCUGUCUCCCUUGUUUUGGGCAGCCCUUGCUUUGAUCAGUGUUGGGCAGUUUUAAAUGGGCCAAGUCCCUAUUAAGAGCACAAUUUUACUCUCAAGUUGUGUUAACAUUUUAUCAUCUUUAUGAAGAGAGUUAUUGACGGACCCCUUGUUACGGAGUGAAUAUGUAAACGCUUUCAAGCAAGAAAAAAAAGGGAACAUUGAAGUCAACCCUGGCAUCCCGAAUAAAAUCGUAAAAUAAUGUAAAAUACAAAGUUAAAAACAUCAUGCUUCAGUGAUUUUUGUCUGGAAUAAAUGCUUUCAGCUUGUUUAAUACUUCAUAUGUCUGUACAUAUCGAGGAUAUAUAUGAAUGAUGCAUCUCAUCGGUUGAAAUUGUGUUGUUAUGAAUUAAACAUGUAGACAUAAAUGAACACACUUUCGCGAUAAUUAAUUUUGCGGCGGUCAAACAAGAGAAACAAUACUAUCAUGUGUCAACUGCAUUGCAUUUUACACGUAUGCUGGAAAUUACGUUUUAAUUAGCCAGAGAGGCCUGCGAAAUGUAUUCAGCGCUUUGGAGACAAGGGUUGGUGAAUCGUGUUGAGAUUCGUGAAAUUCCCAAAUCCGCCGCAUAUGCCACACUGUCGCCUGGAUGUGAAAGUACAGAAAAUGGAUACUUGGAUCGAUAUUUGUGGAGACUCGAGUUAUGCCCCCCCACCCACCCCCUCUCUGUACCUGUGGGUUUUAUACUGGAUAUCUGUGGAAAAAGCUUUAUAGCUCAUCGGAUUCCUCCGGUAUAAACCAUUAUACUUCAGAUUUUUCUACACACACAAAACAUACAAUCGUUGUUGGAAUUGGCCAAACAACGCCAUGCAGAGAAACCCCUCCGUGAUAAAGCGUCUAAACGACUCGGCGAAGUUCUGCCGGAAAAAUAAAGGAUACAGAAUCCUGGGCAGUGCACGUGUUGGCGACCCUCUCUCGACCAGUUCAACAUUUGACCGAGAAACUCACGCCAGCCACAAAUGCACGAAAUUCUAGUUUUUUUGAAGUCUUUAUAAAUCUUCUACAGGGUUCCGUGAUGAUUCUUCUGAGAUGCUCAUCUUCUCGGACACCAAGAGCCAUGUGAAGUGUUUGUUCUCGCUGUUCUGUCGUAACUUUUUUGAAACAAAUGUAAAACAGUCGUGUUUCCCCGCGUUCAAAUAAGAAUCAGUCCACACCCCCAUUUCCCCCUGCUGUAAUGUCAUUAACAACCCCUGGACUGCCAUAAGGUUUCAGAUUCAUUAGCGGAGCCUGUAAAACAUUUAAGGGGGCAAAAGUAUUGCUCGAUCGUUGCGUGGAAAGGCAGGCUUACGUUUAAUUGUAAUGUUUCGUUCCCCGUAAUCUUCCACGACAGCGUGUAACGAGUCGUCUGUGAGUAAUCUGUGUUUUAAUUAAGGGAAGAGAUUAUUCGGUGUUCUUGGGAGAUUUUUUGUUCAGCCAGAUAUACAUUCACUUGUCACCACUUUCAAAGGUGCUUUUUUAACUUAGUGCCAUGAUGUGCUACUGAGUGUUUUUGUAACAUAAUGUAAAAAAAGUCAUAAAUGUACAAAAAAUAUAUAGCGGCCCAAUUAAAGAUUUUUUUUUUAAAUGUGAAACUGUGCAAACCCACCCCCCCCCCGGUGUUUGGACUGAAGAACACUUUGUAACUGUUCCGCUGUGUGUGUAAGAAGCUUGAAAUAAUAAUUAUUAUAGACAGUUACUGUAAUUCCACUGUGUUAUAUAGCUAACGCAAUGAUACGACUGUACACAAAUCAUUUAGCAUAGAUUAUCCCCGUUUGAUCCUUUGUCAAUAAUGCAUGUACCUCCAAACGGAACAUGAAAUGUACUUUUCUUUUCUGUAGAAAGCGGUCGUAAUUUCAAAACAAUUGUCUUAGACAUUGAUUUUAAUGAUUAAAAAUAAAUGCAAGUA